AUGGGUAACUCUACACAGUUUACUACUAUUAUACUAGUUGGAUACAUUGAUGUCGGAUGUGUUACCUACCUUUAUUUCACAAUUCUGCUACUAAUAUACAUAGCAAUUAUAUUAGCAAAUUCAUUACUGAUUGGAGUGAUUUGUGUAGAAAGAUCACUGCAAGAGCCCAUGUAUAUUUUCCUUUGUAAUAUGUCUGUCAAUGAAUUAUAUGGAAGUGCUGCAUUUUUCCCUUCUAUUUUGACCAAUAUGUUAUCAAAGUCUCAUCAAGUUACAAUAAUUCAUUGUUAUGUACAAAUAUUUUCUCUGUACACAUAUGCAUCUGUGGAAUUUGGCAAUUUAGCAAUUAUGUCUUAUGAUAGGUAUACAGCUAUAUGUUAUCCUUUACUAUAUAGCAGCAUAAUGACUCGUAAUAGGGUAUUUAUAUUGAUUGCACUAGUAUGGCUGAUAUCUUUUGUCAAGUUCUCUGGUAAUCUCAUAUUGAAUUUGCGGUCUGAGUUGUGUGGAAAUGUCAUAGAGAAAGUAUGGUGUGACAACUACAUGCUUGUAAAGCUUGCAUGCUCAGACACCACAGUGAAUAACAUUUAUGGUAUCACUGGUUCUGUCUUAACUAUAGUUCUUCCCCUAAUGCUGAUAGGGUAUUCAUAUUUAAAAAUUCUGAGAGCCUGCUUAAAGUGCCCUGCAAGUGAUACUCAAAAGAUGAUGGCUACCUGUAUACCACACCUUGUUUCACUACUGAAUUUCUCUCUUGGUUGUUCAUUCGAGAUCUUCUCAAGUAGGUUUGAAAAGUUAUACAUGCCUUCUGUGUUGCGUGUGAUAAUUUCAGUGUACUUUGUGAUUUGUCCACCACUACUGAACCCUAUUAUGUAUGGUAUAAGGCUGUCUAAGAUAAAGGUGGCAUGUAAGAAAAAAAUAUUUUCUUUGAAGUAG